CCCCUUUUUACCCUUUUUUUUAAAAAAAAAAAAAAAAAAAAAAAAAAAAUCAAUCGGGAGGCUUCAGCAAAGGUGUUCUCCCAGGCACGUAGCACAUCCUCUUUGAUCUUGACAAGCUAGUGAUUUGGGUUUGUUUGGUUGCAGAAAUUAGGUAACCCCAUGAGGAAUCGGAGCAGAUAGAAAGGGCUCUCUGGGUCAACUGAUUGGGUAUUCAAUUGGGUAUUGUUGUUGGUGUCGAUACGGUUGGUGGUGGUGACAGUGAGGUUGGGCGAUGACAAUGCGAAGGUUUAGUUCUGCGAUGGUUUGGGUCGGUCUCGCGAGUUCAAUAUAGCGUGGGUGUUAUAUUGCGAGCUGCUUUUCAAGCUCGCUAAAUUAGAGGAGCGAGUGAGGGGCAUUUUUGACUGUUGGACUAUAUGAUCUCAUUUAAGUUAGUCCCUCUCUUAACAAAUAUGGGUUUCAAGUACUAUUUAAGCUAGUCCAAUCCAUUGACGCCUUACCAAACACACCCCUCAUUUCGUUCAUAAUUCUCAACAAUCUGACUCACGUGAGAUGCACAUGCCAUUUUUGCAGCGGCGACGAAAAUCAAGUUGCAGACCACAUCCCCGCCGCACCACUUCUGCCCAUCCACACGCCCGCUACCCCGUCGGCGCCUCCUCGACGGCGUAGCCUGAGGAUCAAAUUCUUCAGGCACACUUACAACCUCACUGACUUGAUCAGAUUCAUUUUUUCAAUUCAAUGAAAAUGGCGAUUUUUCAAGCCAGGACGUGGUUCUCUAGAACCUUCUCGACCGUUGCUUCUCAUCCUCUGCGCGUCUGUGUUGUCGGAAGUGGACCUGCUGGCUUCUACACUGCUGAGAAGAUGCUGAAGGCGCAUCAGGAAGCACAGGUGGAUAUCAUUGAUCGUUUGCCAACGCCUUUCGGGUUAGUCCGCUCCGGCGUCGCACCUGAUCAUCCUGAAACCAAGAUUGUGGUCAACCAGUUUACGCGGGUUGCACAACAUGAACGCUGCACAUUCUUUGGAAAUGUAACUCUUGGUUCCUCUGUAACUCUCCCUGAGCUUCGUGAGUUGUACGACGUGGUAGUGCUUGCCUAUGGUGCCGAAAGUGAUAGAGUUCUUGGUAUCCCUGGAGAAGAUUUGAGUGGCGUAUAUGCAGCGAGAGAAUUUGUUUGGUGGUAUAAUGGGCACCCAAAUUGCAGAUACCUAAACCCCGACUUGAAGAGCUCUGAUACAGCUGUAAUUCUUGGUCAGGGCAAUGUAGCUCUUGAUGUUGCACGCAUUCUUUUACGACCAACAACAGAGUUGGCUUCAACUGAUAUUGCGAGCCAUGCUUUGGCAGCCCUUGAGGACAGCUCUAUAAGGAAAGUGUAUCUGGUCGGGAGGCGGGGACCAGCCCAAGCAGCUUGCACUGCAAAAGAGCUGCGUGAAAUUAAUGGUAUCAAAGAUCUGCAGAUUCACAUCAAGGAAGCUGAUCUACUCACAACCCCAGAAGAUGAGGAAGAGAUGAAGAACAAUCGAAUUCGAAAAAGGGUUUAUGAGUUGCUCUCAAAGGCAGCCACGACAAGGGCUUCACACCCCAGUUCAGAUCCACGUGAAUUGCACUUUGUUUUCUUUCGGAAACCAGAUAAGUUUCUAGAAUCUAACGAGAGAAGUGGCCAUGUUUCUGGUGUCAGACUCGAGAAGACAAAACUCAUAGGUGAUAGACCAGGAGAACGAAUGGCUGCAGGUACUGGACUGUUUGAAGAUCUUGGAUGCGGGAUUGUGCUUAAGAGCAUCGGUUACAAAUCAAUACCAGUUGAUGGAUUACCCUUCGAUCAUCGGAAAGGUGUGGUUCCAAAUAUUAGAGGGCGAGUUCUAAGGGAUACAUCCGGAGAUCCUAUGCUGCUCGAGAAGGGUUUGUAUGUAUGUGGAUGGUUGAAGAGAGGACCAACUGGGAUCAUUGCUACAAACCUCUAUUGUGCAGAAGAAACUGUUGCAAGUAUAUCUGAAGACCUUAAGCAAGGAGUAUUGGCAUCAUCAUCUAGCUCAGGCAGGGAGGGUCUCCUCCAAUUGCUUGAUAGUCGAAAUGUUAGAGUUAUACCAUUUGGUGAAUGGGAAAAGAUAGAUUCAGAAGAAAGGAGGCUUGGGAGUUUAAGAAACAAGCCCAGGGAAAAAUUAGCCACGUGGGAGGAGCUUCAGAAAGUAGCAACAGAGUAAAUAUCCAUAUCAGGGUUUCUCUGUUUUCUUUUCUUUUUGUUUUUUUGUUUUCUUAUACUUUUUUUUUUGGGAGCUAGAGGGAUACAUUACAAUUGAAGGAAAAUAAAGAAUAUUGAGAUCAUUUAUUUAUGAAUUUCAGUUAUUAAGCCAUUUUUGGCUGAACAUGAGUAUUUCUUGUUGACUCAUUUGAUGCCCCCUUUCCCCACAAAUAUUUAUAAAUAAUAAAAAAUAAAUGAAAAGCAUUUUGCUAGUU